UCGAUCAAUGUGAUUGGCUUGUCUCUCUCUCUCUCUCUCAUCCUUCCUUGUGAAGAUGUUUAUUAAGGGGCCUCUACAAACAAUACCUGAUGUGGAUGAGUGUCCCAACUAAGAAAGAAGGAAAGCUGAUGAUGAAAAGGCUGCUCUGAAGUUUAAAGCCUAUGACAAAGCUGAUAACCGAAAGAAAGAAAAUAGCUUUUUCCUUCUUCAUGUUCUAUCCUUCCGCUUCUUCUUCUUCUUCUUCUUAUCUUCUCUCAUAAUCCCCACUUUUCUUUUAUUUCUCACUAGGUUUUACACUGCUACAAUUAACCUUUUAGAGGAAGAGAGAGAAAGAGACAACCAAGAUCAACUGUUGCACGAAUAAAGAUUCGCUUCUCUUCUUCUUAGGCUUGUAUUAUUAUAGAGGAAUAGAGAAUCUGGUAGAUAUAUGAAUUAACCCAUGUUAGCUAACAACUCUUCCUCAUCAUUUCCUUCUUCUUCUUCUGAGCCUUUUUCUUGCUUAGAAACUGCAACGAACAAUAAUAAGAGGAAAAGAAGACCUGCAGGAACUCCAGAUCCAGAUGCUGAGGUGGUCUCUCUAUCGCCCAAAACACUAUUAGAAUCUGACCGUUACGUAUGUGAGAUCUGCAACCAAGGGUUUCAAAGAGAUCAAAACCUACAGAUGCAUAGGCGACGCCAUAAGGUCCCUUGGAAGUUACUCAAGAGAGAGACUCCGGUGGUGAAGAAGCGAGUUUUCGUUUGCCCUGAGCCUAGUUGCUUACACCAUGAUCCAUGCCAUGCCCUUGGUGAUCUUGUAGGGAUAAAGAAACAUUUCAGAAGAAAACACAGCAACCACAAACAAUGGGUCUGUGAGAAAUGUUCUAAAGGUUAUGCUGUUCAAUCUGAUUAUAAAGCUCAUCUCAAAACCUGUGGCACCAGAGGCCAUUCUUGCGAUUGCGGCCGCGUUUUCUCGAGAGUUGAGAGUUUUAUCGAGCACCAAGACACUUGCAAUAUGGGACGUUUACGACCUGAAUUACAGUCACUACAGCCUGCAUGCUUGUCUAGAACUGCUUCAAGCCCAAGUCCUUCUACAGAUACCAAUUUCGGCACUCCUCCUUGGCCUCCUUUAGUAAUACCAAGGCCAACAACUGAUGCCAUUUUCUUGAGCCCUACUGUAGAUAAAAAACAUUACAAUUUGGAGCUCCAGCUUUCAAGCACAUCAAAUCUUCUUGAGGUCUCAGUUUCUCCUAAGAGAGAUGAUAAUCACUCUACUCAGUUGCAGCUCUCAAUUGGGUCAAGUGACUUCAGUGAGAAAAAUGAUUCCUCCAAUAUGACUUGUACUACUAAAGAUGCAGGCAAACUUUCCCCUGGAGAGAGCAAUAAUAAUAGCGAGAAACCUGAUUUGCCAGCCUCGAAGGUUAAAGAAGCAGCUUGGGAGCAGUUAAGGUUGGCUAUGGCAGAGAAGGCUUAUGCUGAAGAGGCAAGACAACGAGCAAAGAGGCAGAUUGAAUUGGCGGAACAAGAAUUUGCCAAUGCCAAGAGAAUUAGGCAACAAGCUCAAGUUGAGUUAGACAAGGCACAAGCUCUAAGAGAGCAUGCAAUGAAGCAAAUCAAUUCAACUAUUCUCCAAAUUACUUGCCAUGCUUGUAAACAGCAAUUUCAAGCAAGAACAUCUCCAGAUGAUCAGAACUCUUUGGUUUUGAGUUACAUGUCCUCAGCAAUAACAGAAGGUGAAGUAGAGAAUCAUAAUCUAGCAAAGACAGCUUGUAACCUACCCAUAAAUUAAUAUCCUUCUGCCAACUUCUGUUUUGGUUAUAUAUAUAUUUAUCAGCUUUCUUUGUUAUUAUAUAUUAAGAUCAUUGUUUUGUUUAUGAUCUAAUAUUGGGUUAUAUACCAAGUAGCUAGUUAUAGGGGUUGAUUAUGGAAGCUUUGAGAAAGUGUCAUUAAUUUGUUGUGUUGAUUUGGUUACUGGAAGCAUAAAUGAUGAUGAUGUUGAGUUGUAUUUUUUCUAA